GAAAAUUCAGCAAGAAAAGGCCCAAACGAUGGUAAGUAAGUAUUUGAUUUGAAACAAAUUUAAAGACCAGGAAGAAGAAGCAGCAGCAGGAAAGAUGGAGGUCAAGAAGAGUAGCAGUAAAGUUUCUUCGGAAGAGGUGUUCGCUUCUUGCUCCUUCUCUAGCCUCGGCCUCGACCCUAAGUUAUGCGACCAGCUCAAAGAGAGGCUAGGAUACGAGGUCCCAACUUUGGUUCAAGCUCAGGCAAUUCCUGUCAUUGUUUCCGGUCGACAUGUGCUUGUGAAUGCGGCAACUGGGACUGGGAAAACUUUGGCUUACUUGGCUCCAGUUAUUCAUCACUUACAAAAGUAUGAACCCAAGAUUGAUAGGUCUGAUGGUACUUUUGCGUUGGUUCUUGUACCAACGCGUGAAUUAUGCAUGCAGGUGCUUGAAAUCUUGCAGAAGAUAUUGCACCGUUUUCACUGGAUUGUUCCUGGAUAUAUAAUGGGUGGGGAAAAGAGGUCAAAAGAGAAAGCUAGGUUGCGCAAAGGUAUAUCCAUCCUUGUUGCUACUCCAGGACGUCUUUUGGAUCACUUAAGAAAUACAUCAUCAUUCCUUUACAAGAAUUUACGUUGGGUAAUAUUUGACGAAGCAGACAGAAUUCUCGAAUUGGGGUUUGGAAAAGACAUUGAAGAGAUACUUGAUAUUUUGGGUUCAAGGCAACAGAGUGCUGUAGCCAAAGAUGAUAUUACUUCUAGGUAUUCUCAUUUCCAGAGGCAGAAUCUACUUUUGUCAGCUACACUGAAUGAAAAAGUGAACCAUCUUGCCAAAAUUAGUUUAGAAAACCCUGUUUUGAUUGGUCUCAAUGACAAGAAAGUGCAACUCAAGUCGUUUCAUGAGCAUGUGGGUCCUGUAGAAUCUGACUUGGAGAAUGAAAUGGGCAAUUCUGGUGAAUAUCUGUGUUCUUCAGACGAAUUUAAACUUCCUGCUCAACUAGCUCAGAGAUAUGUAAAAGUACCCUGUGGUGCUCGACUUGUUGUGCUUCUUUCUAUUCUAAAACAUCUGUUUGAGAGGGAAGCUUCACAAAAAAUUGUGGUAUUCUUUUCAACAUGUGAUGCUGUGGAUUUUCAUUAUUCACUUGCAACUGACUUUCAAUGGCCUCCGAAUUCACAAAUGGAAGCAGAAUUCAGGCAGAUGUUUUUGGGAUGCAAAAUUUUUCGCUCACACGGAAAAAUGGAUAAUGAGAAGAGGAGAGCUACAUUUCAGGCUUUUAAAUCUGAAAAAUCUGCUCUACUUUUGUCUACAGAUGUUGCUGCUAGGGGCCUGGAUUUUCCAAAGGUCAGAUACAUUAUACAGUAUGAUUCUCCUGGGGAGGCAGCUGAGUAUGUGCACAGGGUUGGAAGAACUGCCCGUUUGGGUGAGGAGGGUGAAUCUUUGUUGUUUUUGCAACUGUUAGAAAUUGAUUACCUGCAAGAUCUGGAGAAACAUGGAGUUGUGCUUGGAGAGUACCCUCUCCUCAAAAUGUUGGAUGGCUUUAGCGUGCAUGGAGUCAAGAAACAAGUGAAGAAUUUAGUUACAAUAGAGAGGCACCCCUGGGUUCUUUCUUUGCAAAAGGCUCUAGAAACCUUUAUUUCAACAACACCAAAGAUAAAGAAACUGGCCCAGAAUGCGUUUUGGUCAUGGGUUAAAGCAUACUCAACCCAUCGUGGUGAGCUGAAAAGGAUUUUUGUGGUGCAAAAACUUCAUUUAGGGCAUGUGACAAAAAGUUUUGCAUUGAAAGAACAACCCUCUCUGGUUAGUAAAUCAAAUCAAAAGGAAUUUAAGAAAAGGAAGAGGGAUGAGAAACAGAAAGGAAUCUCAAAGAAGAGAAAAUUUGCUAAAAAAUCAUGAUGCUCAUGUUACUGGGAAGCCGUGUGCUCUCUCCUUGAAUGUGCUAUGUAGACAAAGCUAAAAUUGUACAGCAUCCUCAUUCAUACAAGCUCGUGUUGACCUUGUCAAGGUAUGAUGUGGAAGCCUUGAGAAGCUCGUGGGCUUUUCUAUCCUGCCUGUCCAGCGAGAGUUGCAAAUGCUGGUGCGGAUAUGAUUCUCUCGUCAGGUGAAGGCGUGUUUACCAUUAUGCCUUGAGUGCCAUGAUAUUUUGUAGAAAAUUACCUACGGCGCAGGUUUCUAUAGCCAUUUACAUUGUCGGCACUGUAAUUCCCAAAAUCUAGUGCUUUCUGCCGUGUUGGUAGCUUUUUAUUGCAUUAUAUUCUUUAUAUUCAAAUGAAUACUGUCAAACUGGGACGCUCAGGUUUUUUA